AUGGGUCGCUGGGGAGAGCACUUCUUUGAAGGUGACCACGAUCUCGACGAAGCUUCCUACAUUUCAGAGGACGCCGGUAUCGAACUCUACUACUAUGAGCCUGAUAAGGAUGAUGCGAAGGAACCCAUCGGUGGCAAGGGUCUUGAAAUCACUCGUGGAUAUCUCAACGGUGGUGUCUUGAGCGGUCUCUUUGAGAAGUACCUCCGAGAGAAAGACGAGAAAUUCUUCCUUGGCAAGGAGCUUCGCCUUGUGCUCACUGCCGCUCUUGCCAUGCGCAUUGGAGCUACCAUCGAACCUAAGUACAUGGACAUGCUCCGAACCAAUUACAAGAAGAUCCGAGUCGCGGCCAAAUACUCUCUCCCGAUCUGUGACACCGGUUUUCGUGGCCCGAUGAAGGAGCAGUUCGAGACUGCCCUCACUCAUUACAAGAACGACGGCACUCCAUACGAUUUCUUCGCCGAUCGUUGCAAGGGUCCAGGAUGUGGCAAGGCUAAUGGCGAGCUCAAGGAAGGAACUCUGCUGAGGAAGUGUGGCAAAUGCAAGGAUGCCAGUUACUGUAGCAAGGAAUGCCAGAAGGCGCAUUGGGCUAAACAUAAAAAGUUGUGCCAGACGCCGGAGCAGCGUGAGGCGGAGGAAGAUGCUAGGUGGACAGGGAGUAUCAGAAUGCUCAAUGUCUAA